AUGGUGGUUGAUGCUUUUGCCUAUGAAGCACUAGAUUUGGCUCAAGAGUUCAACAUGUUGUCCUACUUUUACUUCCCUUCCUCAGCUACUACACUCUCCACCGACUUCUACUUGCCAAAGUUGGACCAGGAAACAUCAUGUGAGUACAGAGAUCUGCCACAUCCUAUUCAAGUACCAGGUUGUGUUCGAUUUUAUGGCAGGGAUCUCGGUUCAGUAGUCCAAGAUCGAAAGAGUGAAGAUUACAAAAUGGUACUCGAAAUUUGUAAACGAUACCUUUGUGCCGAGGGAAUCAUCGUGAAUAGCUUCUUGGCAUUGGAAACGGGUCCUCUAAGAGCAUUACGAGACGAGGGAAGAGCGUACCCUCCCGCGUAUGCUGUUGGACCACUUGUCAAAACUGGGACAGAUUCUGCACAGGAACAAAUAAAUGAGCUGGCUUGUGGUUUGGAGUUGAGCAAUCAUAAGUUCUUAUGGGUUGUGAGAGCACCAAAUAAUGCAGACAAUUCUGUUUACCUUAGUGAACAAAAGUGGGUUGACCCUGUACAGUUCUUACCAAGUGGGUUCUUGGAGAGAACCAAAGAGCAAGGUGUGUUUAUUCCUUCAUGGGCACCCCAGAUUGAGGUCCUUAGGCACAGUUCAGUUGGUGGGUUUUUGACUCACUGUGGGUGGAAUUCGACCCUGGAGAGUGUGGUGCAUGGUGUGCCACUCAUCACAUGGCCACUGUUUGCAGAGCAGAGAAUGAAUGCUGUUGUGUUAUGUGAGGGUCUGAAAGUGGGAGUGAGGCCAAGAGUCAGUGAAAAUGGGUUGGUGGAAAGGGAGGAAAUUGUUGAGGUGAUAAAGUAUUUGAUGGAAGGGGAAGAGGGCAGGCAAAUGGGCAAAAGAAUGAAGGAAUUAGCAGUUUCUGCUACUAAUGCUCUCAAAGAAGAUGGCUCUUCUACCAAGACACUCUCGGAGUUAGCACAACUAUGGACAAAUUUGGCGUGA